AUGUCGACCAAAAAACAUUUACGGAGUCAAGCAAAAGAAAUUACUGCGAAAGUGUACCGCAGAAUGAAAUAUGAAGCGGAAAAUGGAGUGGAAAAACUAUCUGACGCUAGAUGGCGAACUGCUCAAGCCGUUGGUGUUAGUGAAUCUACGAUUACACGAAUUUUGAAAGAAGAGAAGCAAGCUAGUACAUCAAAUGAUACGUCACAAAAAAUUUUUAGAUCGCCCUCAAAACCAAAAAGGAAGCGUACCAAGUCUAACCUGGAUGAUUUUGAUAUGGGUAUACUUCGCAGAACGAUAGCGACAUUUCAUACAGAAUUUAAUGAAUUACCAACGUUAAGAAAGCUGAAACAAGUAUUAACAGAAAGAAUUGGUUUUAACGGUUGUAUAGAAACUCUGCGUAUCAUUUUGAAGGAAUCGGGCUACGAGUGGUCCAAAAUAGAUGACAACCGUAAAGCUUUAGUAGAAAAGCAUGAUAUCCAAAUGUUACGCUUUCAAUAUUUGAGGCAAUUAAAAAAAUAUCGUGACGAGGGCCGCUAUAUCGUAUACACAGAUGAAAGUUAUGUUCAUACAACACAUCUGCAAAACAUGUGCUGGAAACCAGUCAAAGGAGUAUCAGCAGUGCAAAAAAAGUUGUCGAAAGGUACUCGGGUCAUAAUUGUUCACGCUGGUGGAUGUGAAGGAUUUGUUCCAAAUGCUAGUUUGGUGUAUAAAGCAAACUACACAAGUGGAGAUUAUCACGACAACAUGAAUCUGGAUAAUUAUAAGAAAUGGCUCACCACACAAUUACUGCCCAAUCUCCCGGUAAAGGCUGUCAUCGUUGUGGAUAACGCUUCUUACUCAUGCAAACGUGGCUUGCAGAAAAAAAUAUUCAGUUUGACGAAUCAAUGA